AUGCAGGGAAGUCCUGUGCGCAUAUUCGGAAAGGACGUCUCACAUCUGCCAGAAGGCCUGAUCUUCAUAAUAGGAUCUGUUGGCAUAUUUGUCCUCUACAUCGUCUAUGGGGGCGUUCAGGAAUUCCUUUUUAAGAACCCCGAUUUCGGUGAACAUUUCUUGGCUUUGACUGCUACUCAGUUCUUCCUGUAUGCUGUCAUCUCAUUUAUUGAGAGCAAGAUAACUGGUGUCGUUUACCAUGACAAUUUUCCUCCGUGGCUCUAUUGUUCCAUUGGGCUAACCACUACAGGGACAAUUUUUCUUUCAAACGCCGCGGUAGUCUACCUUAACUACCCCACUCAGGUCAUCUUCAAGUGCUGUAAAUUGAUCCCUGUCAUGGUUGUUAGUAUUAUUAUUCAAAGAAAACGGUAUGAGUUAAUUGACUAUGUAGCAGUUACCUGCAUGAUUGUUGGCCUUAUAUUCUUCACCUUGACUGAUGUUAGCAUACAACCUAAUUUCGACAUUCGUGGUGUCGUUGCUAUCAGUUUCGCUCUGAUUUGCGAUGGAUACGUCGGCAAUCUUCAGGAACUAGCAAUGAAAACCUACAACAUCCCCGCACUUCAAAUUUUAACCUACUCGUAUACGUUUGGAUUUCUACUGAUCCUGAGCCUCCUCCUGCUGACGAAUUCCCUAUUCUCGUCUGCUCUUUUUUUUAUUAAGCAUUCAAAAGACGUGCUGCUUUUGACCUGCGUCUUCUCCUUUUCGGGGUACUUUGGAUUGCAGUUUGUUCUCCUCCUGGUUCACCACUUCGGAGCUCUUGUUGCAGUUACUGUUAUCGCCCAAUCUCCCACAAAACACAUGUCGGAAGAGAACUCCUGGAGGACAACUUUGCCACCCUCUUCUAAUACCACCUCGGCAGAACCGGCUGUGGUUCGCCCCGACACCCUCAACAUCGGCGCCACUGCUAUCUCGAUGGACUUACUAACCCCACAAUUGCUUCAGUUUUUGCAAACAUGUCAGCCCACUGCCGCCUCUACAGCCUCCACUCCUGACACCAAGGUUCUUGAGCUUGAAUUCGCUUACGAGACACCAUCACAACCGGUGGUCCCAGCUUCAAAUGGCGCAGACAUCGGGGGCCUAAGCUUCCUCCAGAUAACCAGGCGAUCGAGUAACAUGAGCCGAAUGUGUAUUGCCAACAGUAAUCCUUGGAAUGUCCGAUGUCGGCCGCAGUCGCUGCUAGACUGCUACUGGGUGUCACAAUUCUGGGCUCUGUGGAGGCGUGGUUCAGGCAGUCAGGUGAUCGGAGGAUGGCUGAUGCGCCUUCUGUCGUCUCAACACCCUCCCGUGCCUGAACUCAUGUCUUCGCUCGUCUACUUCUAG